AGAUUAGAUUAGAUUAGAUUAGAUUAGAUCAGAUUCCGAUUCUCCAUUUCUUUGUAUUCCCGCUCUCUACUCUUUCAAAAUCUAAUCACUAUAUAAACACUUUCAUUACAGUACAUACAGAUUAUUACAUGAGAGAACAAGAAGAAGAAGAAGACAAUGCCAAUCGACUCAGAUCUCUCGCUUCUCGAAAUCGCAGCCGAAGACGAUUCCCUUCUCCAACAACACACCUCCCUUCACUCUCAUACCACCGCCUCUCCCUUUUUCACCUGUUCUCCUCUCCAACUCCCCAUUUCCACUGAAGAAGAUACGGCUCGUUCUUCAUUCUCUAGGGAUAAAGAGAACAAAGAAGAAGGAUUGAAACUUAGUCUUGAACCGCAACAAAUGAAAAGGAAGAAGAAGGGAGGUGCUUUCAAUUUACGCAAGAGCUUAGCUUGGGACCGUGCUUUUUUUACUGAACAAGGUGUUCUUGAUCCUGUGGAGUUAUCUAUUAUUAGUGGAAAUGUUAGCAAAUUUAGUGGGGAAACUUUGUCAACAAUCAGGGAAGAAGACACUAGCUGUGCUGGUGCUGCUUCAUCGAAUCUUAGGGCAAUUGAAGAAAAUUUAUUCACGGAAUUGCCUCCCACUACUUCAGGAAAAUAUAGGAAAAAUGGUGGCAGUAGCUUUUUACCGAAGAAUAAUUCACCUGUUAGGAAAAAUGGUCCUCCUUUGGCGGCUAAACGGAAGGUGCUUUCAGCCCAUGAUGUCAAUACAAGUGCCUCAAAGCGAAGUGAUUGUCCACGACCUGUGGCUUCAUCUUCUCUGAAGAGGCCUGCAAAUUUUAUUACAACGAAAACAUCAGCAAAGGAUUCAAAAGUUUCUAGAUUACCAGCUCCAAAGACAAAUCCUUGUGCGUCCAUUAAGACAUCAAAGAGUUCUACACUUGGUGCAAGCGAUUCGAAACGGAAUCAGACAACUUUGCGGGCAGUAAAUAUUCAGAAACCUUCUGCACUUAAGGGCUCCUCAAGCAAUACAAAGAGCAAGAGUGCAUUAAACAAUUCAAAAGUUGGUCCUGCAGGAAAAUCAAUAACUACUAAGACCUCUCUUGGACAAGCUAAAAGAAAUGUGGCUAGCUCAGUAAAAGGCUCUACCAGUUUACAAUAUCCUUUGAAAACUGAAGUGAACAAUGACUUAGAUGUGACCUUCCGCACUUCACUUCUUCCUGCUGAUCUUGGAUCAAAUAGUCGUAUUGGAGGAUCCAGAACUGCAAUCCCUCUCCCAAAAAAUACUUACUGUACUGGUCUUAACACGCAACCUACUCAACUCCCAACUGCACCAAAACCAUCAGGUUUGCGGAUGCCAUCUCCAUCUAUUGGAUUCUUUGGUCAGUCAAAACUUCCCCCUAUGCAGAGUCCACUAAAGAUGACUUCUCCACCAUGCAAUCUUCUCGAGUCUAACAUAUCUAAUUUGAGGAAAUUUGGUGCUUCACCAAAUCCAGUUUCUGAACUAAGGCCUCCACUUGCUCCUAGAAGUUUACUUGGAACAGUUAGGGACGGUUCACUUGCGAGAAAUGGUAAAGCCUCAUGCUCAAGCUCUGGAUCCCCAGUUUUAGCUGCUGCUAAUCCUGCUUUAUAUGGAGUUGUGGAAACAAACUCACAAGCUACUAAUAGGCAGAUGGAAAACAUAGAGCAAUGCAAUGAUACUAGUUAUAAGUGUAUUAAAACUCUGAAAGAGUUACAUGGUUUUGUUGGUGUGGACGAACUGUGUCCUGGAAAAGCAGGAUCACCUAACACUGCAAUAAAAUUUUCCAUAGAAGAUGCAGAAUUGCAGAUGAAUGAUACCAAUCUCUUACUGAAAGAAUCCUCUGAGAUGAAUAAGUAUGAAAUUGACACGAAGGUAGUAGACAGUAGCCAAAAAAGUAGUGAACUGGAAAUUCCACAGCUCAAAACCCAUUCUAGCUCUGCAAUUGAAGUUACUGGUCCCUCUCUUAAAAGUGAUAUUUCUGACCACCAACUUGUAGAAGAGAGACCCUUUGAUUCAUCACUUAAAGAUCAUGGUGUCGUUUUGCAAGUCAACCCUGUGUGCAAAGCUGAUGAACCAUUUGGGGAACAAAGUGAAACGAUGCAUUCUCUUACUGGUGAAAGUGGCCCAUUUUCCAACAACAACCAGAUGCUACAGGAUAGUGCAGCGGAUAUUAGUUCACAGGUUGGGGAUGAUGAUGUGGCUGAAGCUGAAAAUUCUCACAAUUUUCCGCAUUCUAGAUCUAUUGAGUUAGAAAAAGAGGAUCAUGAUGUCUGCCCAAAGUUGAACCCCCCAAAGGGUGAUAUCGACGAACCAUAUGGAAAACAAACUGAAAUGAUGAAUUCCUUAAAGUGUAUGGCUUCUCCAGUUGUUAGUGAUAGCCAGAUGCUGCAGGACAAUGCUGCAGAUAUCACUUCAGAGGUCCAAGGCUCUAAUACAGUUGGAAUUGAAAAUUAUCCUGCUAAUGAAACAUUUGAGGAACAAACUGAAACAAUGCAUAGUGGCCCAUUUUUCAGCGACAACCAGAUGCUACAAGAUGAUGCAGCAGACAUUAGUUCACAUGUUGAGGACUAUGAUGUGGCUGAAACGGAAAAGUCUCAUGUUUUUCCACAUUUUAGGUAUAUUGAGCUAGAAAAAGAGGAUCAUGAUGUCUUCCCAGAGCUUAAAUCCCAAAAGGGCGAUAUUGUCGAACCAUAUGGAAAGCAAACUGAAAUGAUGAAUUCCUUAAACUAUAUAGCUCUUCCCAUUGUUAGUGAUAGUCAGAUGCUGCAGGAUAAUGCUGCAGAUAUCACUUCAAAGGUUCAAGGCUAUAAUACAGCUGGAAUUGAAAAUUCUCCUGCUUUUUCUCACAUUGGAUUUGAAGAGCAGGAAAAAGAGCUUGAUAAACCAUUUGCGGAAGAAGCUGGACCUUAUCCAAUUUCUAGUGAUAGUCAGAUGCCAUGGGACAAUGCUGCAGAUAACAGUUCAAAGGUCCAAGAUUAUAAUACGGCUGAACUUGAAAAUUCUCCUCCUCUUAGGCUCACAGAUUAUGGAACUGAGGAUUCUACUGCCAUUGGUGAACCGAGGAAGCAAUCAAAUGUCGAAGAUGGAGUUAUGCAAUCAGGCAACAGAACAGAUAGAAACAACAACAGCAGUAUAAGCAUUUCUGCAAAUAAUGAUCACAAGGUGGUUAUUGAGAAUGUAAUCGAAAUACCAGAAUUUGUAGAGUUUCCAAAGUCUCCCCUUACCGGAGAAGACACUUUGCAGGUAGAUGGUUCCUUAUCAGGUGAAGAAAGCAUUUUUCCUGAAGAGUUAGAGCAGGAAAAUGUUCUUCAGUCUGAUGAAACAGAAGUUACUGAUGCAUCUCAAACUGAGUUGAGAAGUCCUAGAACUUCUUCGAUGCCAGACUCUAUGCUAGACUGUGAAUCUAAUGCAGAUGCAUCUGUGCAGUGCCACAUUUUAGAGGAUAGUCCAUCAGUCUUAGUGGAAGACAUCAUCAAACCAGUGGUUGCUAACUGUAAUCUUAAUUCCCAUACUCAGCAUGAAGUUGGGUUCCGUGAUCAAUCUACUUAUGUAGAUUUGGGUAAUAUGGAUGAAGGUGAUCUAUCAGCAGUGGUUGAUGAGGAUGUUAUUGUCACUUGUCAAAAAGUUGGACCCCUUGCUGACAGUGAAUUAGAAAAUCCCUGUGUUACAUGUGAACCAAGUUUUGCAGUGCAAGUCGAAAGUGAAUAUUCUUCCAAAAAUAAAGUUCAGCAUGUUGAUGUAGAAAUUAAAAACGAUUUCUCUGCUGAAAGUUCUCACUGUAAUUUUGACUCACAACCUGUAGAUGAGCUCUGUCCUUGUGAUGAAAAUUCUUCCAUGGUUCAAAUGUAUAGGCUGGAAGGUGAAAAUGAUGACAAUGAUCAGGGUGAUCAAGCUAAGCAGAUCACACCUUACCUCUUUGAAACCAAAGUAAUAUGCAACGAUGAAAAAGAGAGUACAGAGGUUCCUACCUCGUCAUUUGACGAUAGUCACUCUGUGGAUGAGCCUCACACAUUGGAGAAUGAGUCCAACACCAGAGUCACACUUCAUGAUGGAAGUUUCAGCUUAUCUUCGCUUAAAGAUGCAGAUCAAACGUUUAAGGAAUCUGAGGGAGGUAAUCACGUAAUCGAGGAACAAGAUGGUAACCGCGAGCUUCAAAAUCCAGUUAAUCAAAUUGAAGAAGUUUCCUCAACUAGUGUUCCUCAAGAUGAGGGUGUCACAGAAGAACACAAAGAAUCUGGCAUUAAUAAAAAACAGGAUGUUCUUGUUAUAAAACCUCCCCCGAAUGCGACUCCAUUUUCAGAUGAAUGGUUAGCUGCAUUUGAAGCUGCUGGAGAGGAAAUUUUAACCAUGAAAAGUGGUGCUGUUCAAAAUUCACCAGAAGAAAAGCCUCAACGCGAACCAGGUCCAUGGUCUCCGGUCAAGCGGAAACAGAAUCAAGAAAUUGGACCUUACGAUUGUACAAAAUAUACCAACACGAAUUCUUAACUCAGACUCAGGUUUUUCUGAUUGUUUUUUUUUAAUUGCUAACCUUGAUUGUUUUUUUUUUUUGGCCCUUAGGCCUUGAGCUUCUUGAAUAUUUUUGGGUCUUAUGAAUAUGAUCCUAACUAAUUUUGGGCAAAUGCAAAUUAUAUAAUUGUCCCCACAUACCUUUUUUUUAGUGUAAACGUAGUAUUGUUUUCAUAGACUAACUGUUACCCUUAACAAUAAUAAUUUAUUGACUUUGGUCUA